CUGAAACUAUGUCCCUGCAUAAAUAAAUGAGGCAAUCAGCUGCUUCGUGUAUAAAUGAUUGGAAAUCUGCGGAGCUAGCUAUGAUAGCUAAAUUACUUAGACAUUUAACAAACCAAGCACUUGUUCAUCACUUGACAUGGGGGAAAAACUAGUCAGUAAACGUUACCUUGUGAUAUUGACAGACAAACAAUCAUAAUGCAUUAGAGGUUGACAGGGAUUAUUCGGCCAUGGCCGGCAUUGAAGAAGCUGAAGCCCAGCUGUCCGAGAUUGAGCUGUUGACCAGCAUGUUCCCGAGCCAGGACGAGUUUGAUGUUAAGGAUCACUUGGCGAUUGCGGAGUUAAGGGAAUAUGUGGAAGGCAGAACGGAUUGUCCGCCCUCGUCUAGGCCUGAAUUUGUAAUACAGCAGAAAAUAGACACUCAGGAUCUGAAAGCGGUAACAAUUGCCAUCUCCUGCACAUACGCGGUUGACUACCCAAACGUUCUACCAGACAUUUCAGUAAGAUGUUCAGAACUAAGUCGAGCCCAGCAGACCCGGCUUCACGCGGACAUGAAUGCGUACCUGAAGGAGAACUGCUGCGGAGAAGUGUGCUUGCUGUCUGCUGUGGAGUGGGUAAAAGACAACGCCCAUGUUUAUAUCGCCAAGAAUCUCGCAGCCAACAGCCUGAAGAAAGUGGCCUCUGCAGCACAGCCAGUGGAGGUGUUCACCAGACUCUGGAUCUACAGCCACCACAUAUAUAACAAGGUGAAGAGGAAGAACAUCUUGGAGUGGUCCAGCGAUUUGGGCUUGUCAGGCUUCUGCAUGCCAGGGAAGCCGGGCAUUGUAUGUGUUGAAGGACCGCAGGCUUCCUGUGAAGAAUUCUGGGCCAGAGUGAAAGUUUUGACCUGGAAGAGAAUCAUGAUACGACACAGGGAAGACUUUCCUCUGGAUGGCCAGCCUGGCACCGAGGAAGAGACUGUGACCUCACUCCGGAGGUUCCCCGGCUUUGAGGAGGCCAUGUUUGACCCCCAUGGCAACAGAGGGAAUCACAUGGACCUUGGACAGCUCUACCAGUUUCUCAACGAUAAAGGGUGUGGGGAUGUUUUUCAGCUCUACUUUGGAAUCGAGGGGAGGUAGUGGUGAGUGCAGUACAACACGCACUCAUGCUUAGAAACGGGCAGGAUCAUUAUAGCAUGCAUUAUGCUAAGUCAUUUCUGCCAAUAUGGGAUUGCAACUGGAACACUUUCACUAGACCGGAGUCGGAUAACCUUUCCCCUUUAAAUGUGAAACUUUUGAAUCACAGAAACUUGAAAGUAAAAUAAUUUAUAAUGGCCUUGCCAGCAAAAAAAAAAAAAUCUUUGAAACGUAUUAUUUUUAAUGUUUAAAAAAACAAAACAAAACACUUUGGCAGGUACCAAAUGCUCAUAAUUUAAAUUUAGAAGUUUUCUGUAAAAUUGAUUUUCAAUGUAAAAUUGAGUGCAAUAUCAAAACAAGUGCACUUAUUGUGACAUGCAUGUAAUAAAUUGAUACAUAUUUCACAGAA